AUGGCUUUUUCCUAUACGUUGUGUCUUUCUUUGAUCCUGGCAAUGGCUAUAACCACAGAAAGUCUUUUCUUCGGAGGUGGUGGUGGAGGAGGAGGUUGCUGUGGUGGGUGUGGACGGAAGAAGAGGUCAGUUUGUGAUUAUAACCUCUCACUGUGUAAAUACCCGGAGCUUUUCUUUCAGAACAUGGCAUCCGAUCCAGCAAAAUCCAAAUUCAAUUUGGUAAACGCCUUGUACCUAGAAGGUGAUCACUUCUUCGUUGUUUGUACCACCGGCGAUUCUCUCUAUUCUGCACCGAGAUCCUCGAUAUUCUGCUCUGCAUCCUCGUUCAAUCAUACCUGCUAUGUAUUUGGAGUUUAA